ACAAACUAACAAGUUCACAAUAGUAUAGUAACUUUACCAUCGUUUAUACUCGUUUAAAGUAUUUUCGGCUUCCAAGUAUUUGAUUUUCUGAUGUACUACACAUUAUUCUGUUCUACUACUACACAUUUGACUAAUUAUUUGUAGCUUUUUUAUUUUUGUUUUAUAAUACAUUAUAAUCAUAAUUAUUGUCAUUCGCCAUUCGGUUCACCGUCGGCGUGACUGGCUGGCGGCUGCGUGUCUCUGCUUGGUGCUGUUGCUGCCCUCAAUUCUCUGGUUCCGAAUUGUUACGGCAUCCGGAUUCCGAGCACCGUCGUUUGUCGGCGAUAUAGCAUAAUAAUAAUAUUAUCAUGUCGUGUGCUUACGUUUCGGCACGACGAUCGGAUCGAUGAAGCCGAACGCGGCUGACGAGCAGCUCACCGCUCUAUUUGUUAGUUUUUGUCGGGCAACGGGCGAAAUACUAUUACCCGAAAACAGUGAUGACGACUGUCCCGAAUAUCUAAAUUAAAAUUAUAAAAUAUUGACAUAUCUAAUAAAAUAAUCCAUCGUUGCGUGUAGACUUACGGGUCUGUUUGGGUUCGUACUAGCUAAGCUCGGAAUCAUGGUGGAAGACAAAAUCCUGUACACUUUCCGGGGGUGGUUGGCAUUUGUGGCUUUCAUGGACCUCGGCGUAACAUUUCGAUCAUUUUUCGAAAACAAAUGUAUCAUUGGAACACAGACUAAUUUACAGGCAGACGAACAUUUUAUACACGAGGAAUUAACUUUGCCAAGAGUGCUGGGUAUGUUUUCGCUUCUUAAAGCUCUAUGUUUGAUACAUUGCUCAUUAUUUAUUCACUAUAAGCCAAUGGUCAGUAUUGGUGCUAUAUCUAUGGUGUUAUCCAUUGUUUUGUAUCUCAGUGAAGCAAUUCAUUACCGGUCAACUACUUUAAAUUUCUUUAUUGUUUUUCCAAGUAUUUUAAAUGGUUUAACAUUGAUUGGUUUAUACUUAAUUGUACGCAAGAUUAAUAAGCCACCAGUUGAAUGUGUGGAAGAAAAUGUUGAAAUGUUAAUGAGUAAACUCAAAUAUCAAAAAAAUAAAAAAUAUAUUUGUAAAAAAAAAUAAGUAUGACUAUGAUAUAGAAUACAAGAAGAAUCAUUCAUGAUUUAUGGAAACAUUUGUUUUUUAAAUUUUAUAAAUUUGUAAAAGUUUGAGCUCUCUUAGUUUCUUUUAGUUAAAUUGUACUUAAAUAAUUAUAUUUA